CUCGGUCACGUGAUCUCCAUUUCAAAAUGGCGAUGCAGAUUUAACUGUUCCAAUAGUUGCCUCGCGGCAUUCGGUUCUGUACACGUUUGUUACAAUGAUCAACUUUAUGUUGCAUAUUUUUUUAAUUUCUGUGGGUGUUUUGAUCACCGACUCAAAUAUUAUAUCACAAACAGGCUUACGGAAUAAAAAGUACGAUCGCACGCCGAGUAGCCUAUCAAGAAAUCAAAUAAUCAAAUUGUCAGAUCUGUCAAAUGUUAAUCAUAUGAAUGAAGUUUUAGAUAACAUAUGUGUUGUGAGAAUUGUUGGAACACCUGAACAUACGAAAGUAAAAGAUUAUAUCAAGAAGUCAAUGAAAGAUCUCGGUUGGACUGUUGAAUCUGAUAGCUUUGAAGAUCACACCCCAAUUUUUGGAGCUUUACAAUUUGAAAAUAUAAUUGCAAAAUUAAAUCCUAAUGCAAAAAGGUAUUUGGCAUUAGCAUGUCAUUACGACUCAAAAUAUACUAGAGAAAGAAACUUUGAAGGUGCUAUAGACAGUGCUGUACCAUGUGCUCAAAUGAUUAACUUAGCUAAAGUUAUGAAAGAUCAUUUCAAAUCUAUAAAACAUAAUGAUGUUAGUUUAAUGCUUAUAUUCUUUGAUGGAGAAGAGGCUUUUAAAGAAUGGAGUCCAAAAGAUUCUAUUUAUGGCGCAAGGCAUUUAGCAGAAGUUUGGCACAAUAAUUAUACUAAUUAUGCCCAGGGAGAAACUAUUUCUGAAUUAAAUAAAAUUGAUUUACUAGUUUUGUUAGAUUUGAUAGGAGCACCAGAUCCAACAUUUUACAACUAUUUUAGCAACACAGAAAAUUGGUAUUCUUUAUUAAUGAGCUCUGAAAGUAAAUUAGCUUCUUUAAAAAAGUUUGAAUCAUAUUCUUAUGGACAACCUACACAAACAUACUUUCAACCAUAUUCCGUGGAAGCUUACAUUGAGGAUGAUCAUAUUCCCUUUUUACGUCGAGAUAUUCCUAUUCUUCAUCUAAUACCAUAUCCUUUUCCAAAGGUUUGGCACAAGCCAAGUGAUAAUCGGAAUAAUAUUGACUUAAAAACAACUGAAAAUAUCAAUAAAAUUUUAAGAAUUUUUGUAGCUUCAUAUUUACAUAUUAAUAUCUAACUACCAAUUGAAAAAUAUUCAUAUUGUUCAAAGAAAUUUUAUUUUUAUUAUGACAAUAUUAAAUAAUAAAUAAUAUAUAUACAUAUAUAUAUAUAUAUAUAUAUAUAAAAUGUUAGAUAACAUUACAAA